AUGGGAUCUCUACCACCGCAACACCUCGACUUCUCCUCCGCCAAUAACGGCAACGACCACCAUCAAGACAUCUCCAAAGACAACCUCCUCACCCUCUUCAAAUCCCAACAAGAUCUCCUAAACCACUUCUUCAAACACCUCGACCUCUCCCAAACCCUCUCCUUCUCCCGCCUCCUCCUCUCCACCUCCGGCAUCGUCUUCUUCACCGGCGUCGGCAAAUCCGCCUUCGUCGCCAACAAAAUCUCCCAGACCCUCAUCUCCCUCAGCUUCCGCUCCUCCUUCCUCUCCCCUCUCGACGCGCUCCACGGCGACAUCGGCGCUCUCUCCUCCCGCGACGUCCUCGUCCUCUUCAGCAAAUCGGGCUCCACGGAGGAGCUUCUCCGCCUCGUCCCCUGCGCGAAGGCUAGAGGAACGUUCCUCGUGUCUCUCACCUCCGUUCCUGGGAAUCCGCUCGCGGGAGUUUGCGAUAUGAAUGUGCAUUUGCCGUUGGAGAGGGAGUUGUGUCCGUUUAAUCUUGCUCCCGUGACGUCUACGGCGAUUCAGAUGGUGUUUGGUGAUACGGUUGCGGUUGCGCUCAUGGCGGCUAGGAAUCUGUCGAAGGAAGAGUAUGGAGCUAAUCAUCCUGCUGGUAGGAUCGGCAAGAGCUUGAUUUUUAAGGUAAAGGAUGUUAUGAAGAAGAAAGAAGAGCUUCCAGUUUGUAAAGAAGGAGACUUGAUAAUGGAUCAGUUAGUGGAGCUAACCAGCAAAGGAUGUGGGUGUUUGCUUGUGGUUGAUGAACAUCAUCGCUUGAUCGGUACAUUCACCGAUGGAGAUCUUCGCAGGACUCUUAAGGCAAGUGGAGAGGCUAUCUUCAAACUCAGUGUUGGAGAAAUGUGCAACAGGAGGCCGAGGACAAUUGGACCGGAAACAAUGGCAGUUGAAGCGAUGAAGAAGAUGGAGUCACCGCCAUCGCCUGUACAGUUUCUACCGGUGGUCAAUGAAGACAACACCUUGAUUGGAAUUGUAACGUUGCAUGGUUUGGUUUCAGCUGGCCUCUGA